AUGUCAUCAAUUCCACCACCUCCCCCGCCUGGAUGGAGCUCUUCUGCGCCUCCAUCCAUGCCUUUGGGCGCGCCACCUGGUGCUCCUCCUCCUCCAGGUUAUCGACCACCGGCGGAUCCACAUGUUGCGAAGUUUGCACAGAAGAAGAAGGAUUGGUUACGAACACAGCGAAAUAGAUUCGGCGAAAAACGAAAGGGUGGUUUUGUAGAAACUCAGAAAGCUGAUAUGCCACCAGAGCAUCUGCGGAAGAUCGUUAAGGAUAUCGGAGAUGUAUCACAAAAAAAAUUCAGCAGUGAUAAACGAAGUUAUCUCGGUGCACUCAAAUUCAUGCCACAUGCCGUGAUGAAAUUGCUGGAGAACAUGCCAAUGCCUUGGGAGUCUGCGAGGGAGGUAAAGGUGCUGUACCACGUUAACGGAUGCUUGACUUUGGUUAAUGAAAUACCAAGAGUUAUCGAGCCAGUGUUUCACGCACAAUGGGCUACGAUGUGGAUUUGUAUGAGAAGAGAAAAGAGUGAUAGGCGGCAUUUCAAGAGAAUGAGAUUUCCGCCAUUCGAUGACGAAGAACCACCCCUUUCAUGGUCGGAGAAUAUCGAAGAUGUCGAACCACUGGAGCCAAUUCAACUGGAACUCGAUGAAGGAGAGGAUGCUGCUGUCUUAGAAUGGUUUUACGAAAAUCGACCACUACUUGACACGCCACAUGUCAACGGCCCGAGUUACAAGGAAUGGAAUCUUACUUUACCUCAAAUGGCGACUUUAUAUCGAUUGAGUCGACAAUUACUGAGUGAUUUAGUCGACAAGAACUACUUUCACAUGUUCGAAUUGAAAAGCUUUCAGACAGCCAAGGCUUUGAAUGUUGCUAUUCCUGGUGGCCCACGUUUUGAACCUCUGUACAAAGAUGUGGAUCCUAAUGAUGAAGACUUCGGAGAGUUCAAUGCAAUCGAUCGCAUCAUCUUCCGAGCUCCAAUUCGAACAGAGUACCGUGUAGCAUUUCCUUACUUAUACAAUUCACUACCUCGUAGCGUUAAGCUUUCCUGGUUUUCGCAUCCGCAAGUGGUAUAUGUUCGUGCUGAAGAUCCAAGUUUACCGGCAUUCUAUUUUGAUCCCGUUAUCAACCCAAUUUCUUCCAGAUCUGUUGCCCCAAAAAACAUAACCAUCAGUCACGAAGACGAAAUAUUUGGUCCAGGUAGCAAUGAAGAGCCAGAAGAAGACGCUUUCAGACUGCCAGGUGAUGCUGAGCCAUUCCUCGCGGACGAGGAGUUAUACACUAGCGAAACAGCUUCAGCCAUUUCCUUGUGGUGGGCUCCCUUUCCAUUCGAUCGAAGAUCCGGUCGCAUGGUUCGGGCACAAGAUGUACCUCUAGUAAAGCAGUGGUAUCUUGAGCAUUGCCCUCAAGGUCAGCCAGUAAAGGUUCGAGUUUCAUACCAGAAGCUCUUAAAGACUUAUGUUUUGAACGAGUUGCAUAAGAGGAAGCCGAAAGCACAAAGUAAACAAAGCUUGAUGAAAUCGUUGAAGCAAACGAAGUUCUUCCAGCAAACAACAAUUGAUUGGGUUGAAGCUGGACUUCAAGUCUGCAGGCAGGGUUUCAACAUGUUGAAUCUUCUUAUUCAUCGCAAGAACCUUACAUACUUGCAUCUUGAUUAUAAUUUCAAUUUGAAGCCUGUCAAGACACUAACAACAAAGGAAAGAAAGAAGUCCCGAUUCGGAAAUGCGUUCCAUCUGAUGCGAGAGAUUUUGAAAAUGACAAAGUUGAUUGUUGACGCACAAGUCCAGUAUCGACUCGGCAAUAUCGACGCUUUUCAACUUGCAGAUGGUAUUUUAUACGCUUUCAAUCACGUCGGCCAGCUGACCGGAAUGUACCGUUAUAAGUACAAGCUGAUGCAUCAAAUUCGUUCGUGUAAAGAUUUGAAGCAUUUAAUCUAUUAUCGAUUCAACUCUGGACCAGUAGGCAAAGGGCCUGGUUGCGGCUUCUGGGCACCUGCUUGGAGAGUUUGGCUCUUCUUCAUGCGUGGUAUAAUUCCAUUACUUGAAAGAUGGCUUGGAAAUCUCCUUUCUAGGCAAUUUGAAGGACGUCACAGUAAAGGUGUUGCAAAGACAGUCACAAAACAACGUGUAGAGUCGCACUUUGAUCUUGAAUUGCGAGCAUCGGUUAUGGCCGAUCUUCUUGAUAUGAUGCCGGAGGGUAUCAAGCAAAACAAGGUUCAAACUGUACUUCAACAUCUUUCAGAGGCAUGGAGAUGCUGGAAGAGUAACAUUCCUUGGAAGGUUCCUGGCUUACCAGCACCUAUCGAGAAUAUCAUUCUUCGUUAUGUGAAGAGUAAGGCGGAUUGGUGGAUUUCCGUCGCUCACUACAAUCGAGAGCGUAUUCGUCGAGGAGCGACUGUCGAUAAAACAGUUGCAAAGAAGAAUCUUGGUCGUCUAACAAGACUUUGGCUCAAGGCCGAACAAGAGAGACAACACAAUUACAUGAAGGACGGUCCAUACGUCUCUUCUGAAGAAGCUGUUGCUAUCUAUACAACCACUGUUCAUUGGCUGGAGUCACGAAAAUUCUCACCCAUUCCAUUCCCCAGUGUUUCAUACAAGCACGACACCAAAAUCCUUAUCCUUGCGUUGGAACGACUUCGUGAAGCAUACUCUGUCAAGGGACGACUAAACCAGAGUCAGCGUGAGGAAUUAGCUUUGAUUGAGCAAGCUUAUGACAGUCCUGGAACUACUUUGGAGAGAAUCAAGCGCUUCCUACUAACCCAGAGAGCUUUCAAAGAAGUGGGAAUUGAUAUGAACGACAAUUAUAGCACAAUCAACCCUGUGUAUGAUAUCGAACCCGUGGAGAAGAUCAGUGAUGCCUAUCUAGAUCAAUACCUCUGGUAUCAAGCCGAUCAACGCCAUCUUUUCCCUGCCUGGAUCAAGCCUUCCGAUUCCGAAGUCCCACCCUUGUUAACCUAUAAAUGGGCUCAAGGUAUCAACAACCUCGACAAAGUUUGGGAGACUGCAGAUGGAGAAUGCAACGUCAUGAUCGAAACACAACUAUCCAAGGUGUAUGAGAAGAUCGAUCUGACUCUUCUUAAUCGUCUACUUCGACUCAUUAUGGAUCACAAUCUGGCUGAUUACAUAUCAUCUAAAAACAACGUUCAACUGACCUACAAAGAUAUGAAUCACGUGAACAGUUACGGAAUGAUCAGAGGUCUUCAAUUCUCGGCUUUCGUUUUCCAGUACUAUGGACUUGUUCUCGAUCUUUUAUUACUUGGUCUACAACGCGCUAGUGAAAUUGCCGGUCCACCAGCGGGUCCUAACGACUUCCUGCAAUUCCGCGACCGCGAGACGGAAACGAGACAUCCCAUUCGUCUGUACACUAGAUAUAUUGAUCGCAUUUGGGUAUUCUUCCGCUUUUCGGCUGAUGAAUCACGCGAUCUUAUCCAGCGUUUCCUGACAGAGCAACCGGAUCCUAAUUUCGAAAAUGUAAUCGGCUACAAGAACAAGAAAUGUUGGCCAAGAGAUUCUAGAAUGCGUCUUAUGAGACACGAUGUCAACUUGGGACGUGCUGUCUUCUGGGACUUGAAGAACCGCUUACCAAGAUCUGUUACUACAAUCGAAUGGGAUGAUACCUUUUCAAGUGUAUACAGCCGAGAUAACCCUAAUUUACUUUUCUCUAUGUGCGGGUUCGAAGUUCGAAUUCUCCCUAAGAUUCGUAACCAAAAUGACGAAUUCCCGGUCAAGGACAGCGUCUGGUCCUUAGUCGAUAAUACCAGUAAGGAGAGAACGGCACAUGCAUUCUUGCAGGUUACCGAGGAGGAUAUUGCAAAAUUCAACAAUCGCAUUCGUCAAAUUCUGAUGUCCUCGGGUUCGACCACAUUCACGAAGAUCGCUAAUAAGUGGAACACUACUUUGAUCGCCCUUUUCACAUACUAUCGUGAAGCAGCCGUAUCCACGGUCAAUUUACUAGAUACCAUUGUGAAGUGUGAAACCAAGAUUCAGACCAGAGUCAAGAUCGGUCUUAAUUCUAAGAUGCCUUCUCGUUUCCCUCCUGCGGUUUUCUACACCCCUAAGGAACUUGGUGGUCUUGGUAUGAUAUCUGGAUCACAUAUCCUUAUUCCUACAAGCGAUAAAAGAUGGUCCAAGCAAACCGAUGUUGGCGUUACGCAUUAUCGUGCAGGCAUGACUCAUGACGAAGACACUCUUAUUCCUAACAUUUUCAGAUACAUCAUACCAUGGGAAGCAGAAUUCAUUGACUCUCAGCGUGUGUGGACUGAAUACUCUCAGAAACGUCAAGAGGCAAAUCAACAAAACCGAAGAUUGACACUAGAGGAUCUUGAAGAUAGUUGGGAUCGUGGAUUACCUCGUAUCAACACUCUUUUCCAAAAGGAUAGGAGCACUUUGAGUUUCGACAAAGGAUUCCGCGCGCGUACCGAGUUCAAGACAUACCAACUUAUGAAGAGUAAUCCAUUCUGGUGGACUAGUCAACGUCAUGAUGGUAAAUUGUGGAACCUUAACGCCUAUCGUACCGAUGUUAUUCAAGCGCUCGGUGGUGUCGAAACAAUUCUUGAACACACACUCUUCAAGGCGACAGCAUUUCCAUCCUGGGAGGGUCUAUUCUGGGAAAAAGCGUGUCUUGCGUGGGACACGAGAGUCUUACGAUACGAUGGUAAUGACGUCGUCGUUCAGGACGUUAAGGAAGGGGAUCUACUUCUCGGUCCGGAUGGUGAACCCCGUCGAGCCUUCAAUAUCGUCAGUGGCAAAGACAAGCUUUACCGAAUCAAGUUUGGUUCACGUAAAGAAGACCUCGUUGUCACGGGAAACCAUAUUCUAGUCCUCCACCGGGAGAAAGGAUACGGUAAUGCCUAUGACGGGACAUCCGAGACUGGGAAUGAUAACGACGAGGGAGAAAACACACUGACUCUCCAGAAGUUCCAAAGUACCGCAUCCCGAGACGUUUCCACCGCCGAAUACUACGACACUGUUCUACUGACAGCAACCCAAUUCGCAGCAUUGGAUGAAAACGAGAGAUCUAAGCACAGGCUCUUUCGUUCUCCUGGAUUCGAGUUGCCCGAGCAAGAUGUCCCGGUCAACCCCUACUUUCUUGGUCUCUGGUUAGGAGAUGGCAGCCAUAGCUCAAGCACAAUCUUCGGUAAUCACGAGCAUGAAGUUAGGGAGUUUAUCAUUUCUCACGCUGCGGAGCUAGACAUUCACCUUGUUUGGCACGGGAACCUCUCGUAUGCGACCGUUGGCAGGACUCGCAUUGGUAACAGAUCCUUGCCAAAAGCCGACAUCGACGUCAAUGAUCAUCCAUCAAGACGCUAUGCUCCUGAGGAACUUGUAGAUGUCAAUGAUAUGUCUAAAAAUGAGGAUGAUAAGCUCGAUACGGAACUCAUCGAGACAAUUAGCGACGACGAGGAUGAUAUCACCGAGUACCAAGCCGUGAACGACGAAGAACCCAGCGACCGAACUGGGAAUAGUAAUCUCCCGGAUGACUUUGUCUCUCAACGACGAGUCCAUCGCCUGCAAAGUGGACGUCGAGCAUACGGUGACUUGCAGCCUGAAGAGCAAGAUCAGCUCCUGAGUCAGAUAAUCGACAUGGUCGAAUCUCCAGCCGGUUCGAUCGAUCCUUCGGCCGGCUGUAAAACAGGGGUUGAUACCCUUCUACGUGCCCUCCAACAGCUUGGUGUAUCUUGCAAAACUACUGGACCCGAGGCCGGCAAGAAGCACAUCCCGUCGAUUUACAUGAAGAACACGCGUGAAGUUCGUCUCGCUGUUCUUGCUGGUCUGAUCGAUUCUGACGGCUGGUACGUGUAUCCCGAGAAUACGCUUGGGUUCGCUCUGAGCGAGACCUGCAAUAAGACUCUCUUCUGGGACGUUGUUGCACUGGCAAGAUCAUUGGGUCUCAGCGUCUGGACCACGAAACGUAUGAAGAGGGUUCCGAGCCGUUCACGAAGAACUCCUGAACUCGUAGCCCAGAUAUCUGGCAACGUGAAAGAAGUACCCUGUUUACUCCUGCGCAAGAAGGGAUCUGAGCGCUAUACUCCGCCAAUGCACAGCUUCAAGAUCGAAGACAUCUCCCUUGAAUCCGAGGCAACGAAUUGGGCUGGGUUCCGAGUCGACAAAGACCAGCUAUAUCUCCGUCACGAUUACCUUGUACUUCAUAACAGCGGGUUUGAAGAGUCGAUGAAGUUUAAGAAAUUGACAAACGCGCAAAGAUCGGGUCUUAACCAGAUUCCCAAUCGUCGAUUUACACUUUGGUGGUCACCUACAAUCAACAGAGCCAAUGUUUAUGUUGGUUUCCAAGUCCAAUUAGAUCUUACCGGAAUUUUCUUGCACGGCAAAAUUCCAACUUUGAAGAUUUCUCUCAUCCAAAUCUUCCGUGCCCAUCUUUGGCAGAAAAUACAUGAGAGUGUAGUAAUGGAUCUGGCACAAGUAUUUGAUCAAGAAUUGGAGCAGCUUGGCAUCGAGACCGUACAGAAGGAGACUAUUCAUCCCAGAAAGUCUUACAAGAUGAACAGCUCUUGUGCUGAUAUUCUGUUGUUCGCAAGCCACAAAUGGAACGUCACUCGCCCCUCCAUUCUGUUUGACACGAAAGACGUAAUUGAAGCUACCACGACGAACAAGUUCUGGGUAGAUGUUCAACUUCGUUACGGAGAUUAUGAUUCUCACGACAUUGAACGAUACGUCCGCGCAAAAUACCUUGAUUAUACAACCGAUAGUAUGAGUAUUUAUCCUUCAGCCACUGGUCUAAUGAUUGGUAUCGAUCUUGCUUACAAUCUCUACUCGGCAUAUGGGCAAUACUUCCCCGGUCUCAAGCAAUUGGUACAGCAAGCUAUGGCCAAAAUCAUGAAGGCAAAUCCAGCUCUCUACGUCUUACGCGAACGUAUCAGGAAGGGUCUUCAAUUGUAUGCGUCCGAAAGUAAUCAAGAGUUUUUGAAUUCUCAAAAUUACUCUGAACUUUUCAGCAACCAAAUUCAACUCUUCAUCGACGACACAAAUGUUUACCGUGUUACUAUCCACAAGACAUUUGAAGGUAACUUGACAACUAAACCAAUCAACGGAGCAAUUUUCAUUUUCAACCCUCGUACUGGACAACUCUUCUUGAAGAUUAUUCAUACAAGUGUCUGGGCAGGACAGAAACGUCUGGGACAAUUAGCUAAGUGGAAGACUGCUGAAGAAGUUGCCGCUCUUAUUCGAUCAUUGCCUAUCGAAGAGCAACCGAAACAGCUCAUCGUUACGAGAAAGGGUCUUCUUGAUCCACUUGAGGUACAUUUGCUCGACUUCCCCAAUAUAUCAAUCCGUGCCUCUGAGCUGCAAUUACCCUUCCAAGCCGCCAUGAAGGUCGAAAAGCUCGGUGAUAUGAUUCUUCGUGCCACUGAACCUCAGAUGGUUCUCUUCAAUCUUUACGACGAAUGGCUAAAGUCAAUUUCAUCGUACACUGCAUUCUCUCGUUUGAUCCUCAUCUUGCGUGCUUUACACGUAAAUCAGGAUAAGACAAAGUUACUCCUUCGACCCGACAAGACUGUGAUCACUCAAGAGCAUCACAUCUGGCCCACAUUAUCGGAUGAAGAUUGGAUCAAGGUUGAAACCCAACUGCGUGAUCUCAUUUUGAAUGAUUACGGCAAGAAGAACAAUGUCAACACUUCCAGUCUUACCAGUAGUGAAGUACGUGAUAUUAUUUUGGGUAUGGAAAUCAGUGCUCCAUCGAUGCAACGCCAGCAAGCGGCCGAAAUCGAAAAGCAACAACAAGAACAACAGCAGCUUACAGCUGUCACGACCAAGACCCAAAACGUUCACGGAGAGGAUAUUAUUGUCACCACUACCUCGCAAUUCGAACAACAAACCUUUGCAUCGAAGACUGAAUGGAGAACUAGAGCGAUUGCAACUUCGAACUUGAGGACACGAUCUAACAAUAUCUAUAUCUCUUCGGAUGACAUCAAAGAGGAUGAUCACUACACUUAUAUUAUGCCAAAGAACAUCUUGAAGCGCUUCAUCACAAUUGCGGAUUUGCGAGUUCAAGUGGCUGGAUAUUUGUAUGGUUCAUCUCCCCCAGAUAAUGACCAAGUGAAGGAAAUCCGCUGUAUCGUAAUGGUACCUCAAAUUGGUAGUACACGCGAUGUACAAUUGCCUCAGCAGUUACCACAACACGAGUAUCUAGACCAAAUGGAACCUCUCGGAAUUAUUCACACCGUUUCUGGUAACGAACCGCCAUAUAUGACAGCCAUGGAUGUCACCCAACAUGCACGUCUCAUGAAUGCGCAUAAAUCAUGGGACAAAAAGACGGUUACUAUGACUGUUUCAUUCACUCCCGGAAGUGUCUCACUAGCAUCAUGGGCGCUCACGCCUCAUGGUUAUAAAUGGGGUGCGGAGAAUAAAGAUCUCGGUAGCGACCAACCACAAGGCUUCAGCACGAACAUGGGAGAGAAAUGUCAGCUUCUGCUUAGUGACAAGAUCCGUGGAUACUUCUUGGUACCCGAGACCAAUUCAUGGAACUAUAGUUUUAUGGGAAGUGCCUUUGGAAGCUUGGAGAAGAAGCCGAUACAUGUGAAGAUCGAUACGCCUACGCCUUUCUAUAACGACCUUCACAGACCUUUGCAUUUCCAGAACUUUGCUGAAUUGGAGGACAUUUGGGUUGACAAUGAGGACAAGCUUGCUUAG